CUUAAACCAAUCCUCUCACCAACACCACUCUCCUCCCUUUGCACCGUGCCAACCAUGCACGACGUCUUCAGAACACUGCGCCGUCUCCCCUCGUUCCUCGUCAAGCCAUUCCAGCGGCGGUACACUCGAAUCAAGUUCCUCGACCUCCCAGACGACAUCAUCUACGAGAUUAGCGGCCACCUGAGCGUUCGAUCACUAUGCAACCUUUCGUUGACCUGCCAUCACCUUUAUUUCAGCCUUCUCUUCCCCCACCUUCGACGUCUAGGCUUGGACGACCCCUUCACGCAAAUCCAUCUCGAUGGCCAGAACACAACGGAUGCACUCCCCGCACUCCGCCUCCUUCUCUUCCCCAGUCCCAUCAAAACGCUGAGCUGGAAGGCGGGGAACGAUCCUAGGGGUCUCGUGAGAGAGGCGGAGCAGCUUCGGAGGUUGGUCGCGCGAAUACCUUCAGUCGAGUUUCUGGAGCUCGACUUUAGCAACAACUGGCCUGUCUCCGAAUCGCGCUACGGGCAUUCGGAAAACAGCUACUGGGCGUGGAUACGUGUGUGCACCAACCUCCUGCACGUCGUAGCCCAGAAGUGCCAUUUCGUGGUUAUCACGAAUCAUUAUCAAGUGUUGGCCCCAUGGCUAACUUUUAUCGGAGGGAAGCCUUACAAUCUUGACGACGGGCUGUUAUCGAGGAUAUGCGCGGAGUGGAAGGCAGACCUCGAGACGAAGAAAGUCCGACUAAUACGGUCCCCCUCCAAGAUCUCACUUUCCUCUCCUCCACACGCUCACUCAAACGAGACCUUUUCGCCUCCGUUUCCUCCAUCACAGUCCGCACCCACCACGCCGGGAUACACAACGGCCCGGCUUAUCAUCAACGACCCGGGGUUGUUCCAACGCUCCCUCUUUGGAGAAUGGGCGUUGAAAUGGGUGAACAUGAUGCCUCUUACGCAUCUCGUCAUCCACCAAGGACGCAUGCGCCUCCCACUCCUUCGCCAGCUGCGACUGCCUGACCUGGUGCACCUCACGAUCUCACGAGGACAAACUGAAGGGGACAGCCACCUUCCUCAGGAGAAUGCUGGAGAUGGAGUUGGGUCUCGGGCGCUUGACAACGAUUACGGUCCAGUUACGCGCGGAAAAUAUUCAGCAAGAACAAGCUAG